AUGAUAUUCUUAUUUUUUAUUAUACCCAUAGUACUAUGUCAAAGUCAUAUAUUUAAUUGGAAUGUAUCAUAUGUAAAUGUGAAUCCAGAUGGUUUACAAGAGAGGUUAAUGAUUGGUAUAAAUAAUGAAUGGCCUUUACCUACUAUAAAAAUUAAAACAAAUGAUCAAGUUAUCAUACAUUUGCAUAACAGUCUAGAUACAAAUACUAGUUUACAUUUCCAUGGUUUAUUUAUGAAAGGUCAAAAUGGUCAAGAUGGUCCUGAAUAUAUAACUCAAUGUCCAAUAGCACCAGGUGUGAAUUUUACUUAUAAUUUUAAUGUGGGUAAUCAAUCUGGUACGUAUUGGUAUCAUUCACAUAGUGGAUCACAAUAUGGCGAUGGUUUCAGAGGUUUGUUCAUAAUAGAAGAUGAUACUUAUGAUUUUGAUUAUGAUGAAGAAGUUACAUUAUCUGUUGGUGAUCAUUAUCAUUUACAAUCAACAGAAAUAAUGAAAAGUUUCUUAAGUAGGUAUAAUCCAACAGGUGCUGAGCCCAUACCUCAAAAUGGUUUAUUUAAUGAGACUAGGAAUGUUACAUGGGAAAUUAAACCAGAUACUACAUAUAUGUUGAGAAUAGUAAAUAUGGGAUUAUUUGUAUCACAAUAUUUAUACAUUGAAGAUCAUAAUUUUGUUGUGGUUGAAGUUGAUGGUGUAAAGGUAGAACCAUAUGAAGUAGACCAUUUAUACAUGACAGUAGCUCAGAGAUAUGUUGUAUUAUUAAAGACUAAAUCAAAUAUGGAUAAAAAUUACAGAUUUGUUAAUAUUUUGGAUCAAGACAUGCUUGAUUUCUUACCUGAAGAUUUACAAAUUGUUUCAACUAACUACUUAAUCUACAACAAAGAGGAGUCAUUACCUAAGCAUUUACCAUAUGAUAAGUUCUCCUUAAUUGAACAAUUUCCAACAUUUGAUGAUUCAAAAUUUAAACCACUUAAUAAAAUGAUAUUACUUCCUGAUCCAGAUUAUACCAUUCUUUUAAAUUUUUCAAUGGAAGUUCUUGGUGAUGGUGUUACAUAUGCAUUAUUUAAUGGUAAAGCUUUUACUCCUCCAAAAGUACCAUCAUUAUAUACUGUAUUAUCAUCUGGAGAAUUAGCAACUAAUGAAAUAAUUUAUGGAUCAAAUACAAAUUCAUUUAUUUUACAAAAUGACGAGGUUGUUGAAAUUAUAUUAAAUAAUCACGAUCCAGGAAAACAUCCAUUUCAUUUACAUGGGCAUAAUUUUCAAGUAUUAUCUCGAGGAUCAUCCGAAGAUGAUGAGAAUCCAAUUGAUUUUGAUCCUAAUAAUUCGUCACAUACUACAUAUCCUGAAUAUCCAUUAAUUAGAGAUACUGUUGAAGUAGAUAGUAAUGGAUUCAUGGUGAUUAGAUUUCAAGCAAAUAAUCCUGGUGUUUGGUUUUUCCAUUGUCAUGUAGAUUGGCAUUUAGAACAAGGUUUGGCAAUUACAUUAAUUGAAAAUCCAGAAGAAAUACAAAAAACUCAAUCUAAAAUUGAUGAUAGUCAUUUAAAUGCAUGUAAGGAAAUACAUAUGGGUUAUGAAGGUAAUGCAGCUGGAAAUAUGGAAUUUUUAAACCUUGAAGGGGAGAAUGUACAAGUCAAACCAUUGCCUGAUGGAUUUACAACUAAAGGUCAUAUUGCAAUUGUACUUUGUUCAUUAUUUGCAAUUUAUGGAAUUUGGUCAAUUUAUAGAUAUGGAAUGGAGGAUGUAAAUGAAGACAAUUCAAAGUUAUUAAUAGAGAAAUUAAAAUUAAUACUAAGGGAACAUGAUAAUAAAUAG